GUAUAUCACAACAUUUAGUGGUGGAGAGCUUUCCGUCACUAGUGGAUGCAGAUAUAUGCCACAUGUAUGCUAAGCCAGGUGUCCCGAUUGAUGUUAUCAGCUGAUAUAUUUGAGAAACUUGAGCUGGAAGAUGAUCUAUCUACAAGUUUUUCUACCUUCAAUAAUUUGAUCACUUUGGAAGUGUCUUUCAUCAAGACUGAGCAAGCUAAAUCAUUAUUCACCUUUUCACAAUUCUCACCAUAUUUGGAGUCACUCGUCUUUGGUGGGGUUUGUUGUCGUGGUAAAGUUGAUGAGGGCCCUUUGACAUUGGACGUAGUGCCUCAUUGUUUGUUGACGAACCUCGAGGCGAUCAAAUUUCAGUACUUUGAAGGGCAAGUGAGAGAGCUGGAUCUGGUUCAACUAUUUUUAUCGAGCUAGCCACAUUCUUAUCGAAACCGUUCAUAUCAGAUAUGCACUAGUAUCCACUGUGUGUGAAUGUAAUCAGGUUGAUAGAUUAGGCUAUAAUUGAUUCUCACACUGCAGUUUGGUUAUCUGGAUGCUUAUUUUUUGCUUAUUUAAAAUCUGUAGAAUGCAUCUCUCUCUUUUAU